GGUGACUCACGUCCAGUCACCUUAGUCACCAGAUUAGAAAAUUAAAUUGAUGUAAAACCGGACUGAUGCGAUUUACCGGUCAAACAAGAGUAAUGAUACCUAUCCGUUUUCAAUUUUUAUCAGUUUAGCAAUCAAUCAAUAAUUCUUUGUGCCAACUAGUUUUUGGAAGAUGACAUGUCGAAAGCACGAUAAACUUUGUUGUGCUUCUUCUGUAAGCAUUUUAUGACUUAUGAGGUCCGCAAUUUCUUUAAGUUGCUUUAUCAAGAAAUAAAUCACCUAAACCGACACGAUUGCAAUAUUGUCUCUAAUAAUUGGACAUAAACCAAUAUGUUUUUUUAAAAAUAAUUAAACACUUAACGCGAUAUAAUUAUACUCAGGAUUCUUUUGAUCAACUUUUUGACAUUUCUUUAUGAAAGACGAUGACGUAUCCCUAUGGAAAUUUAUCAACUUUAGGCCGUUGCACAGGAAAGUUGACCAAUGUUUGGUUAAAAUAUAGUAAAAGAUGCAAUCAUCUAGCUAGUGCCAGAAAACUGGUGAGAACAAUGACUUGUGGCCAACCUACUUAUGAUUCUCAUCCCCAUUUAUUGUGUGAAGGCGAACUUGUUUCUGGAAUAAAAAGGGAAGAAUUUUUAGUCAGGCGACGAAAACUAAUGAAGUCUGUGACAAGCACUAGAAGUGAUUAUUAUCAUAUUAUCGUAAUACCAUCAGCUGUUAGAAAAUACAUGUCCGAUCAUAUCCCAUAUCCAUUUCGUCAAAAUUCGGAUUUUCUUUAUUUAAGCGGUUGUCAAGAAACAGAUUGCGCAUUAGUAUUAUUUGGUAAUUCCGAUGAAAAUUUUUCUUCAACUCUAUUUUUGAAACCGCAUGACCCACAAUUUGAGUUGUGGAAUGGACCUAGUACAAGAGCUGAUCAAGCACCUCAUAUAUUCGGUGUGGAUGACGGCAAAGUUUUGCCACAACUAUCGGAAUUCCUAACAGAUAAAAUCGGAACUCAAAAAAAAUGUGUGCUAUGGUACAAUCAGAAACAAAAAGUUCAAAAUUUUGUUGAUAAAACUGUAAACAAUGCGGCUGCCGAAAGUAAAAUUUAUAUUGACGACACUUUAGACAAUCAUUGUCAUGAAUUACGUUUGUAUAAAUCACCUGCGGAACAAACACUGAUGCGUGAGAGUUGUCAAAUAGCGUCCAAAGCAUUUAUUAGCGCUAUGGCUUCUACAAAACCCGGGUCGACGGAACAUGAGGUGUACGCUAGGUUAGACUUUGAAUGUCGAAUGGGAGGAGCCGAAUAUCUCGCCUAUCCACCUGUGGUUGCUUGCGGCAACAAUGCCAUUACAUUGCAUUAUAUCGAUAACAAACAAAAAAUUUUAGAUGGAGAAUUGAUUCUGGUAGAUGCGGGUUGCGAAUAUCAUGGCUACUCGAGUGACAUAUCCCGUACGUGGCCAGCAAAUGGAAAGUUUUCUGAUGCUCAGAAAACAUUGUACGAAGCCACUUUGACUGUACAAAAAGAAUUGAUCGACAUGUGUCAAGCAUAUCCUUCGUUGGACGCUUUAUACGAAGCUAUGUGUUUUAAACUAGGACGAGUGCUAUCUGAUGCACACAUAUUUAAAAAGAAUACCAAAGAAUCUAAAGACUUGUCAAUGUUAUCUCGAACAUUAUGCCCUCACCACGUGAGUCAUUAUUUAGGCAUGGACGUGCACGAUAUCGGCACUAUUAAAAAUAUCAAGGCUGAAUCCGGGUUUAUUUUCACUAUAGAACCGGGUGUUUAUAUUAAUCAAAACAACAAUUUGGUACACGACGAAUUUUUGGGCCUUGGUAUACGAAUUGAAGACGAUAUAUUAGUGACGGACAAAGGCAUUGAAGUGUUGAGUGCAAACUGUCCCAAAGAAAUAGCAGAUAUUGAACGAAUUAUGAUGGGUAAAAUUGAGUGAUUAUUGAUUUAGUAAUAUUAGUUAAAUUGUUUUCGACCAUGUCAAAAUAAUUUAAUUAGUAAGUUUAUUUAAAAUUUUUAAUAUUGUUAUUUUAUGAAAUUGAUCACGAAUUCUUAUUGAAAUUUGUUGGCUGUGCUCUUGUUACUAACAGUACAUAAUUAUGUUUAACGAUUUUUUUUGUUUUUUUAAUAAAUGUUAUUAAUAAACUUGUUGUUUGUGCAUAA